AUGCUUCAUGGGGAUGUAACAGAAUUGUUCGAGGCCUCCGCGAGCUUCAACAAAAUCCUGUCCACAGCGGCUCAGAGGCGACUUCUAUAUUUUAAGCCGCAAGGCUCAACUACUAACCCUGCCGACAAUAUUGUCGACACCACAGCCUUGCAGGUUUCUUUUUCGUAUCUUCCAAGUCUUACAACUUCUAUUCAAAUUAUCGGGAUCGAAGAACACUCUCCUUGCACUGUUCAUCCAACAACGGGGAAUGACUACGCACAGUCGUCCACUGAACUUGCGGUAGCGGUGCAGCCGACUAUCCUUUCACAGCAAAUCCAGUCCUACCUUAAAGUAAUUGUUGAAAAAAACAAUCUCACAUCCAGCCGCAACUUUGAGAUUCCAGUAAAAAACUUCAAGGCAGUAACUUCGAGCUCUCCGUUUCAGUGGUUUGAAAAAACAGUUAUUCUUUCAUCCUGUCUCAUCGCUCAGUUACCGCAUACCUUGGUUCUGCUCAUGCUGUUGCUGCUGCCCGAUCAUGAGGGGCUGUGGGGUGCACGCCGCUCCAAGCUACGUGAGGCGCAACCCCGAGCGACGCUUUUACACGUGCACCACGAUGGCAAUGGCAAUAACGCUCAACAUACCCCUAGAUCAGACGACUUUCUUGUGGAUUGUGUCAAGGAAUUUUUACUGACGGACCUUCUUCUUAGCUUCUUUUAUAAAAUUAAGACCAUUUGGUUUCACCGGGAGUGGAUUAUGAAGCUUAUGAUUGAGAAUCACCUCCUGGCACAUGAGGGAGGUGUUCUUUUUCCUCAGCUUAUGGGUAUCCAAGGAGCAUGUUUCUUUUCUGGCACUACCUGUACUGGUAGUGACCCCGACGUGGAUGAAAAGUUCACCAGCUCUGACACGAUCCUUGAUUUACAAAAGGUUUUGUCGUUAGAUGAUGAAGUACUCAGCUUUGCUUCUGAUAAGCAUCCAAUGAAUUACAACGCGUGGCAAUAUCGCCGUGCACGACUAACCAUGUUACUCGGCUGCAGUCACGAUUGUUGUCUACUUAAAGGUACUAUGAGCUCAAUCCAUCGGGAUCUUUUGCAGUGCAACGCUGAGGACGUGAUGUGUUAUCUUGAAACCCAUAAUGGUGACUCGUCAGCGUGCUCUUUUUUGCUAUUUUUACUGUAUCAGUGCACGUCUAACGAGAGGGAGGAGCCGCACGGUGCUGGCAACGCGGUGGAUUCUCCUUAUAGUCCUUGCACAUCGAAAGAUGAGGUGCCUCUUUUUGUUUUUUUAUGGCGCCGUUUACUGUGCUUCACACAGAGAGAGCUGCGUCGGCAUGCCGACAAAGGGCAUGAGGGUAUGUGGUAUUUACGUCUUGGACUCAUUCACUAUGCCCUCAGCAUGAAUUCUAAAACGCCUUCGUUGUGCUAUCCUCUGUUAUCCUCUUGGACUGUGGCAGAUGAGCUCGAGUGGACCUCUGUUUAUAUUGAGGGUUUCCGCGAUAUGAUGACAACGGGAGUUAAGAGCAGCUGGCGUAAUAGAGGACUCCUGGCACCCUGUAGUGACCUCGCACAGGCAUGGGCUGAGAGCUCAGGGUCUACUGCAUGGUCCUCCUACUUAGCGACUCGGUACGGUCUGCAUCUUCUUCGGUGGUUGCAGCCACCCCAAGUCAGUGAAUUGUGA